AUGUCUGCCCCUCCACCCCGCUCAACCGCAGAAGACCCCAACGCCACGUCCUCAUCCUCGUCCUUCACUUUCCCCCCGGAGUACUCCUUCCCCCCCUUCUUCACCCGCCAGACCAACCUCACAACGCACCACGCCCAGCUGACCAAAUGGGCCUCGCUGGUGCUGGCCUACUGCCGCCACCACCGCAUCUUCAAGCUCUCCCUCUCCGGCGACCCCACCACCACCACCACCACUUCUUCUUCUUCUUCCGAGACCACGGGCGGCGACGGGGGAGAGGCAGCCGGGCCGGACACGACCGAGCUCUUCUACAACCGGCGCAUCAACCGGCGCCUGUCGCUCGCCGACAUCAGGGAAGUCAUCGACUUCCUGCGUCGCGACGGCCGGGCCGAGUACGUCACCACCGCCAAGGGGGGCAGCGCAGAAGGCGGCGGCAGCGGCGGCGGCGGGGAUGUGGCCUGGAUCUACUGGCGCACGCCCGAGGAGUGGGCGUCGCUCGUCGAGGGCUGGGUGGAUGCCACGGGCCAGAGGGGGAGCGUGCUGACGGUGUACGAGCUGGUGGAAGGGGAGGGCACGAGAGGCAGUGAGUUCCACGGGUUGGAUCAAGAGCUGCUGCUGAAAGCACUCAACGUGUUGGUCAAGAGAGGCAAGGCGCAGAUUUUCGGGCACGAAGAUUCGCUUGGUGUCAAGUUCUUCUGA